AUGCCGUCGAGACUGUUCGCCCACAAUGCAAUUACGGCUGCGUACCGCGCGCGGCCAGCCUCGCAGGUCUCUUCAUUGACGGCCUGCCUCGCCAACCUUUCGAUGCAGCACCAGUCCCGAUCGGUUUCCAUACUGGCCAAUCUCGCGCCGAACAAGGGCGCCGUCAAGGAGCGCAAGCGAGUCGGACGCGGUCCCUCCUCUGGCCAUGGCAAGACGUCCGGACGGGGUCACAAAGGUCAGGGCCAGCACGGCCAUGUCAAGCCCUGGUUCCAGGGUGGUCAGACGCCGUUGAUUGUGAAGCACGGCCGAAAGGGGUUUACCAAUUGGCGUGCACCCCAACUCUCCCGAGUCAACCUCGACCAGAUCCAAUCGUGGAUCGACCAGGGUCGUCUCGACCCGACGCGGCAAAUCACCCCGAAGGAGCUCAUCGAGAGCCGACUUAUAGGCAGUGUCAAGGAUGGCGUCAAAAUUUUGUCUCGCGGCGCCGAGUGCCUCCGGCAACCCAUCGACGUCAUGGUCAGCCGCGCCUCAGCUGCGGCCAUUACCGCGAUCGAGGGCGCGGGCGGCAAGGUCGUCACGCGGUACUACACCAAGCUGGCGAUUCAAAGGCUGCUCAAGGGCGAGUCGGUCAACACGACGACGCCGCUGCCAAUGGGCCAGGAGCACGUGGCCAGCGUGCUGGACGCGGCCAAGGCGUUCCGCUACCGGCUCCCAGAUCCCACGAGCAGAGAGGAUAUAGAGUACUAUAGGGAUCCGGCGCACAGAGGGUAUCUGAGCCACCAGCUCCAGCCGGGCGAGUCACCGAGUUUGUAUUACAAGGUGCCGGGCACGGAGAAGAUUAAGAGCACGAAGCAGAAGGCGGUGGCGCAGGAGACAAUGUGGUAG